AUGGCACCAAUACCAAAUCUCCUCGGCCUCCUGCAGCGUGCAACCACUACAGACGUCACGGACGACAUGCAACUACCAUCAGAUGCCCCAUACCCCCUAGCGACCGCUCUCGCAGUACUUUCCUUCCUCGUCUCAAUCACGCUCCUCAGCCCAGCCUACUCCCACUAUCGCAAUAAGAACCUCGGCGCACUGACACUCGUCCUCUGGACCAUCGUCUUCAACCUCCGCAUCUUCACCAACGCCCUUAUUUGGCCCAACGACAAUAUCGCAACCUGGUUCGACGGUCACGGCCUCUGCGAUGUGGAAGUCAGUCUCCAAGCGGCCUGGACAGUGGCGGCGCCAGCUGCACUAGCAAGUCUUCUUCGCGGACUGGCUCACGCUAUGGAUACCAAUCGUGUUUCUCUCGGCGGGAAGACCAAAGCGCAGCUGUUGAGAGAAAGAGCCAUAGAUGGAAUGUUGUGUUUGGGCUUCCCCGCACUGCAUAUGCUCAUCCUCUACAUCGUCCAAGCGCGCCGCUACGCCAUCUUCGGCAUCAUGGGUUGUGUGCCUGAUAUCUCUACCACGUACCUCACAGUGGCGAUCUACUGGCUUCCGCCCGUCCUUUGGACAAUCUUGGAUGCCUACUACGCUGUCCUCAUCCUCACCCGCCUAAUCCACCACCACCUCACCUUCGCCUCCAUUCUCGCAAACAGCAACAUGACAAAAAACCGCUUCCUACGCCUCUAUCUCUUCUGUACGACCUUAGUCCUCUUCUUCGUGCCCCUCCAAUUGUUCACGCUCUACUCCAACCUCAGCCAAAAGGACUUUGAGCCUUUCAGUUGGGAGCGGUGGCAUGGCGCGGAGACAUGGGACGAGAUCCUUAUGUUCCCCAGUGAAGGCCGGGUGCUUUAUCCAGUCUACGUCUGGCUUGGCGGUGGAAUGUUCAUCUUCGUGUUCUUUGGAUUUGGCAGGGAUGCGGUGGAGAUGUAUCGGUCUGGGUUGGUGGCCAUGGGGGCGCAUAAAGUGUGGCCGAGCUUGAGUCGGGAGGGUACGCCAAAGCAGUCGUCGACGGGGACUCGGAGCUCUGUCAGCAGCAAGGCGAGGAUGCUGUUCAGUCGGAAGGGGUCAGCGGUGUUAAAGAAGCAUUAUGAUACGGAUUGCUCGCAGUCGACUACAGUCACCACGACGACAGAUGCCGAUGGUGUAUCGCCCAAUUCUGCAGUUUUCCCGAAGGACAUCAACAAUCACAACAUAGCUGUAGAUGCUGAGAAGGAUACGGGACCAUCUGCUACGCAGCCAUCUCUCCUCAAGCGCCUCACGACGGCUUUUCGACCUCGCCAGGCUACGAGUUUCCGAAACUUCUCGCUCACGUCUUGGAAUGGCAAAGCCGUGAAGUGCGGCAUUUCGUCGUCUUGGCAAGAAUCGCGCAGCGAGGCUGCGAGCAUGGAGGUUGUUGUGCAUACUGAGGUACGCCAGGCGAGCGAAACGGCAGGGACAAUGGAGACGAAGGCGGCAAAGGGUGGAUCUCAUGCUGUGUAA